UUUCCCGGUCUCUGUGGUAGGUUGUCUUCCUGUUGGGUGGAAGAUGUCGGAACAUACCUUGGCAGAGCCCAGGGACGGAAGUGAAGAGCAGGUGUCUGGCGCUAAAGUCAUCGCCCAGGCCCUGAAAACGCAAGGUGUGGAGUACAUGUUUGGCAUCGUAGGCAUCCCUGUAACCGAAAUCGCCGUUGCUGCCCAGGACGUGGGCAUCAGGUACAUCGGGAUGAGGAAUGAACAAGCGGCUUCUUAUGCUGCCUCCGCCAUUGGAUAUCUGACAGGCAGGCCAGGCGUAUGCCUUGUUGUUUCUGGGCCAGGUCUUAUCCACGCUUUGGGCGGUAUGGCAAAUGCAAACAUGAACUGUUGGCCCUUGCUUGUGAUUGCUGGUUCCUCUGAAAGAAAUCAGGAAACAAUGGGAGCUUUUCAGGAGUUUCCUCAGGUUGAAGCUUGUAGAUUAUAUAGCAAGUUCUCUGCCAGGCCAAGCAGCAUAGAAGCUAUUCCUUCUGUUAUUGAAAAGGCAGUGAGAAGCAGUAUCUAUGGCCGUCCAGGUGCUUGCUAUGUUGACAUACCUGCAGAUUUUGUGAACUUCCUGGUGAAUGUAAAUUCUAUUAAGUAUACAGAGUGCUGCAUGUCACCUCCUGUUAACAUGGCAGAAACCUCUGCUGUAUGUGAGGCAGCAUCUUUUAUUAGGAAUGCCAAACAGCCUCUUCUUAUCAUUGGGAAAGGUGCUGCAUAUGCUCAUGCAGAAGAGAAUAUCAGGAAAUUGGUGGAUCAGUGUAAAUUGCCGUUUUUGCCCACCCCUAUGGGGAAGGGUGUGGUCCCUGACAACCAUCCAAACUGUGUAGGUGCAGCCAGAUCCAGGGCUUUGCAGUUUGCUGAUGUAAUUGUGUUAUUUGGUGCCAGACUAAAUUGGAUUUUACAUUUUGGACUGCCCCCAAGAUAUCGGCCAGAUGUGAAGUUUAUCCAGGUUGAUAUCUGUGCAGAAGAAUUGGGGAAUAAUGUAAGGCCUGCUGUGACUUUACUAGGAGACAUAAAUGCUGUUUCUAAACAGCUUUUGGAAGAAUUUUACAAAACACCAUGGCAGUAUCCUCCAGAGAGCAAGUGGUGGAAAACUCUGAGGGAAAAAAUGAAGAGCAAUGAAGCUGCAUCUAAGGAAUUAGCUUCCCAAAACUCCCUGCCUAUGAAUUAUUAUACAGUAUUCUACCACAUUCAAGAACAACUACCCCAAGACUGUUUUAUUAUAAGUGAAGGAGCAAAUACAAUGGACAUUGGACGCACUGUGCUACAAAACUACCUUCCUCGUCACAGGCUUGAUGCUGGUACUUUUGGAACAAUGGGAGUUGGUUUGGGAUUUGCUGUUGCAGCUGCUGUAGUAGCUAAAGAUAGAAGCCCUGGGCAGCGGGUCAUCUGUGUGGAAGGAGACAGUGCAUUUGGGUUUUCUGGCAUGGAGGUGGAAACCAUCUGCAGGUACAACUUGCCAAUCAUACUUUUGGUGGUGAAUAAUAAUGGAAUUUACCAAGGUUUUGAUACAGAUACUUGGAAAGAAAUGUUAAAAUCUCAAGAUGCUACUACAGUGGCUCCUCCAAUGUGUCUUUUGCCAAACUCCCAUUAUGAGCAGGUCAUGACUGCAUUUGGAGGCAAAGGGUAUUUUGUACAAACACCAGAAGAACUCCAAAAAUCCCUGAGGCAGACCCUGGCAGACACAACUAAACCCUCUCUUAUCAACAUCAUGAUUGAGCCACAAGCCACACGGAAGAGCCAGGAUUUUCACUGGCUGACUCGCUCUAACAUAUAAAUAAAGAUUCCAAUCAGAUGGACUCUUGAGUUUUCUCUUUCUUGCAAGAUGAAAUUUUAUUUUCCACAGCAAGCUUACGAUAAUGUUAAAAUUGUGCAAGAAAAAUAAAAUUUUAUUUUAAAAUGA